CAUUUUUAGCAUCCAGCGGCUCUAGAAACCGCACGGCCGUCGCCGCGUCGCCUGCGCCGUAAAGUCGCGAAAUAUUUUUUUUCCCGCACACACGUACGCGUACACACACGCGCGCACACACACAGACACACACAGACGUGCGUGCGCGCGCGCGCGACCGGCGUACACAAUUCGUUGACCAUCGACGGAUUUGAUUGUUUUUUUUUUUUUUUUUCUUUGAUCGUUUUUAUCGUCGUCCCUCGCCGGUUCCUCGAGAGGGAUCGACGCAUCCGCGUGUUCGAUACCACCGGACGCGGACGACGACGCUGCCGCGAGGAGGAAAGGACGACGAGGACGACCGCCGCCGAUUUAACGCGCUAAAAAAAUAGCCGCAGCAGUCGAAUCCUUCGCACGCCCAACGCGUCGGCAGAGUCGUGGAACACGAUCACCGUUUAAUUAACAAUAAACAGACUUCUGGUUUAUCUGAUUUUUGGUUAAAAGCCGGUCAUUGAUGAACCACGCUGCGACAACAACCACGACACGUUCUGCUGAGCGGACCUGUAACUUGCAGACGACAUGCGACUGGUUAACGGAUAGAAGUCGCCUGCGAGUAACCGAAAUUAAAGUGACAUCAUCACAGCUACUGACUGCCACAACUGCCUACACUAAGUAAUAGAAUUGCUCCAUUCUAGUAUUUUACCACGAUGGAACGGAACAGAUUGUUUCUGGUACCACGGUUGUAGCCGGACUCGUAUAACUACGACAACGACCACGACCACCACUCGCACUAGUCGAAUCGCUAUCCGAUCGUCUCUUGUAGAUUUAUGGAAGCGGACGAUGAUGGACGCGACCCGGCGGCGGUGGCGGAGACGGAGACGAAGGCGGCGGCGGCGACUACGACCGGAAAAGACGACGACGACGAUGACAGUGGCACUUCCGGUGGCAGCGAAGAGUACGACGAAUAUUUGGCUGACUUCCUAAAAAAGCUGUGUCGGGAACGGGUAACCACCAAUGAUCAAAUAGUGCCGUGCACUGCAAAGCGGGUAUCGGUCCAGGUGGAGUCUGUACCGUAUGGCGGUGUCCGGUACGGGGGAGUGGAGGGCAACGAAGCGGACGCGGACGACGAUGACGACGCAUCUACGGCAACGAUGACUCGCAAACCUAAGAUACCAGACGGUGGCUGGGGCUGGAUGGUAGUGUUCGCCUCGCUGAUGAUCUGCCUGAUCUCAGAUGGAAUCAGUUUUUCGUUCGGGUUGCUAUACAUCGAAUUCCUCAAGGAGUUCCAGGAGAGUAAGUCCAAGACGGCGUGGAUCGGUAGCCUUUUCAUGGCCGUGCCGCUGAUUCUGGGUCCGGUGGGAAGCGCUCUAGUCGACAAGUUUGGGUGUCGGAAAAUGACCAUCCUGGGUGGUAUAAUAUCCGGCUUGGGGUUCAUCAUAUCGUCGUUCGCCGACUCGAUCGAGAUGGUGUUCUUCACAUUUGGGUUCCUAUCCGGACUAGGCCUAUGUCUGUGCUAUGUCACGGCCGUCGUUAGCAUCGCGUACUGGUUUGACAAGAAGCGCACUUUAGCCACCGGGUUAGGUGCGUGUGGAACCGGUAUCGGCACGUUUCUAUAUGCACCAAUGACUCAGUACUCGAUCGAGGAGUACGGCUGGCGGGGCACCGUGCUCCUGUUAGCUGGCACGUUUUUCAACUUUUGCGUGUGUGGAGCCCUAAUGCGCGAUCCCGAUUGGCUGAUCGCUGAACAGAAGAAACCGGCAGUCACCAGUGGGCAUUCAACAGCUGUCAUCGCCAAACCGUGGACCGACACCGAGGAGUCCAUCGUCGAUCACUGUCCAAUGGUAGCCAUCGAGAACGAAACAGCUGAUACGCCCGCCGAAAGGACUACGGGAUUCGAGCUUAUCGCGUCUGAACCGGAUGUUGACGCACUCAUGCAGUAUCCAGGAGUUGAGCAAUACAGACGCAUGGUGAAAGAAGCUCAGUGCGCCGAGUACAGGCUGACUGGUGUCACCACCACCGUCCGCAGUCCAAUGACCGACGGUGUUCGGCGAUUGCCCGACGACAACGCUGGUUUCCGGUCAGUCAUCAACUUACCCACAUAUCUCAAGCACAACGAAAAAGUCCCGUUCGAGGUACUGGAGUCGUUAAGUUCCAACAAGACGCUGUUCAACUUGAUCCUAGAAAACUAUCCAAACUUGUUAUUGUGCCGGAGCAGCAGUGUGAGUCAGGUGAACAAUGCGUCGCUGGGCAAAGAUCCGUCGGAUACCCGGACGGUUAACAACAAAGGUAGUGGGCUUCGGUCCGACACGCCGCCGCUGGUCAUGAAGAUGAAACUGAAACAAUCAAAGAAGUCGAACUCUAUGGGUUCAGGCGGCAUGUCACCACUGGAAUCGCAGGCAGUUUCGCCUCCGCAGACUUACACCGCCGACAAUAGCCCCGAAAGACAGCACAAGCCACAUCCAUCGAUGUUGAAGAGACAAUUUAGCACCACUCAAAACAGCUAUUUUAAGAGUUUACCAUAUCACAGGAGCUCCGUGAUGUACAAAGGAGCGAUAUUGAACAUCCAAAAAAAUUCUAUGAAAGCGUCCUCAUGUCCAGACAUAUACAACAAUAACUCUACGUUAACAGUCACUAGCGAACCCGAUUCCAUGUUUCGCAGGCAUAGUUUUGUCAAAGUAAUUAAUCAGUUAUCGAAUAAACGUGUGAAUACGGUACGUCGAGUUAGGCGGAAAAGGUCAUAUUUUCAUCCGAAAUCAUUGAAAAAGGAAUGGUACACCGAAGUGAAAGAGUUGUUCAGCGGUAUCUUAGACUUCAGUAUGUUUUUGGAACUACAUUUCCUAUUUCUGUCCCUUUCCACGAUAUUGCUGUUCACAUGGUUUAUCGUUCCGUAUUUCUAUCUCACUGAUUUCGUCAUGGCUCAGGGACUGAGUGAAACCGACGCAUCCACUAUCAUCAGCACCAUCGGAGCUACGAAUACUGUUGGAAUGAUAUUACUCGGCUGGGCUGGUGAUUAUCCAUGGAUGAACGUAACCAAGGUGUACGCGAUCUGCCUAGUGGGCUGUGGAAUUUGCUGUGCCAUCAUGCCUCUGUUCAUCAGUAGCUUUUGGUCGCUGAUCGUCAUCGGUGCCUUGUUCGGCCUGUUCUUUGCUUCCAAUUUUUCGUUUACACCCGCCAUUUUGGUAGAACUCAUACCGCUAGACCGAUUCACCACGGCAUAUGGUCUGAUGUUACUGUGCCAAGGUAUCGGAAAUCUAUUGGGACCACCGUUGGCAGGUUGGGUAUCUGAUUUGACUGGCUUUUGGGACUUAUCUUUUUACUUAGCCGGUUUUUGGAUCGUUUUGUCUGGUGUUUUCAUUGGACUCAUUCCAUUCACGAAAAAUCGACUAUUGUGGGGCGCUGGCCAAUUGGAAAUCGAACGUGACAGUGUUAGAUCAUAAAACUAUACAACUUUAUCUUAAAAUAUAAAUAGGAGACCUUAGAAAUGUCUCAUAGUAUGAGUUAUAUUCAUCGUAUUGCGAUAUACACGUAAUCUUGUAAUAUGAGUUGUUUUUACAAUUCUUUUUUGAGUAUUCUCCUGUGAUGUACCUAUGAAACUGCGAAAUCACUAUCAACUUUAACCGGUUAAAGUGUUCGAAAAUAGUUUUUUGAGUUAAUGAGGAAUGUUGAAAUACAUUUUAAUUAAACGGUUUGUUUAAAUGUUUACUGAUAAUAUUUUAUCUAUCCAAAAUAAUAAAAUAACUAAAUAAUAUUCUAGAUUUUAUUUUAGUAUAUUUUAUUUUCGAUUAAGUCAUUGGAAAUAUUAUUCUUUUUAAUUCGAUAUUCAAGUAACGUAGAUGAAAUAUUUAAAUAUUUUUAACAUUCCGAUCAAACUCAAACAAAUUAGGUUCUAAUUAAGUUCGAGAGUUCGGAAGCAAAUGUGAAUGCCACAGCUCCGCAAAUCUUUAAAAGGCAACAUACAUAAUAUUUUAUGUAUGCAAAUUAUUUGGCAGUAUUAAAGGAAGGCAGCUAAUAAAAUAUGAUCCUCUAAUAUUAUUAAUUAUUAUUAUUACUAUUAUUAUUGAUUUUGUAUCUUACCGUCGUAAAUUAUUAUCUUGUUAAAUCAUAGAAUUUAUAUUUUUUAAUGAAAUACCUAUUUUACCAAAUGUUGUGAAUUUUGAGUUGUGUUAUUUAUAUAUUUAAUAUUAUGAUGUUAAUACAUUAUACUCUCGUUAUUAUCCUUCCGAAAUUAUAAACAAUGUGAGAAAUCGUCUUGUAAUCGCUGCCCCAUUUAACCAAUUACGUAUUAGGUAAAUUGUUGUAGUUGCCAAUUUAUAAAUAGGUAUCGAAUCACACUUAAUAACUUAUAAACGAAUAAACGUAUAAGAAUUUAGAACGUAAGACAAUCAAGUUCAUCUUUUGUUUUCUGCCCGUCUUAAUAAAUUGAAUUGUGUUAGUUGGAUAAUAGAUUAUUAUUUAGUAAAAGUUCAAAUACCCAACGAUUGACGAUUUGUGGAGCAAUAUUUUUAGAAUUUAAGAAAAGUGUCAAAAAAUCUACUGAUUUAUUUUUAUUUGAUGUAUGAAUAAUAUUACUUCUUAUUGUGUACCAUUAGCAUAUUAUUAUUGUUGUUUUUUUUCUCUCUAAUAUUAUUUGGCUCAAGUAUAUAAUUGUAAUACUACGAUCUUCCAUUUUUGAUUUUGUAUGUCGAUCGAUAUUCAUCGUUGAUCAAUAAAAUGUAAGAAUGCGUAUAACGUAUAUUGUAGCUGUUAUAUAGAUAUUUAUAAUAUUUAGCAUAUAAUUUUUAAAAUAUAUUCAAUGAAUUUGAUAAAGUUCGUUUUGGACAAAUUAUCACAAUUAUAUCGUUGUUAAAUACAAUAUUUACAUCUGUUAUUUAAAUUAUUAAAAUAUUUAAUCUUAAAAAAGUUAUACAAAUACUAAAUUA